UAGCGAUCAGUCCCCUGUGUAUAUUUCAAAUGACGUGGCAUAAAGCCUAGAACGCAAAAAUAUCGUUUUAUUGCGUUCAACGAAACGCGAACAGAGUGAAGUUGACGCGGUUGCUACCAGAGCGGCCCUGAGGCCAUGUUCUUCAGUGCUGCACACGUGUUGCUCCGAGUUACCCGCGUCAGAACCUAAAAGCCUACAGUCCUCUGGCACAAUAUAUUAUUACAACAUGGCACCAAGGAAGAAAACACAGACGAAGGAGGAAAUUUUACAAAAGAAAAGGGAUGCUGAAUGGAAAAAGUACGAGCGCCUCAAUGACGACCCGCAGAGAAGGGAAGAGCUAAGAGAAAAGGGACACCUGAAAUACCUUAAAAAAGAAAAAGAAAAGGGGACUAGGAAGCUUGUUAAAGAUAUGACGCCACGAGGUUACCGGGAGGCUAAAAAGAAAUGGAGAGAGCAUUGUUCUGCUUAUCGGAAUAAGAAGAAAGCGUUGACAAAUAUAACUAACACUUAUCUGCGAGAAAAUACACCAGAUUCGGGAACAUCGCACUCAUCCCGACCAAUAACACCUCAAGAUGUUGAUAUGUUCAAAAAAGGAAUUAAUAGGGAGAAGAAACUUAGAUAUCAAAUAAAAAAGAAAAAAAAUGAUAAGAUUAAAUUACUAAAAAGAAAAUUAUUGGAAUAUAUAAAAUGUGUUUCGAGACUGAUGAAAAAGGAAAGAAAAAUGUGUAAAGAUACUAACUAG